AUGGAACAGAAACUCAACCUGAAGAGGGAUGUGGGGCUAAUAGGAGCCGUUUCUUUCAUUGCUGGGACCAUGAUGGGAUCUGGGAUCUUCAUUUCCCCCCAGUACGUGCUGCAAACAAUCGGCAGCCCUGGGGCCAGUCUUGUUAUAUGGGCCUGCUGUGGGCUGAUAGCCUUGCUGGGGGGGCUCUGCUAUGCUGAACUGGGCACGGUCAUUCCAGAGUCUGGAGGGGAGUACAUCUACAUGCUGAGGACUGCAGGGAAAGUUGUGUCCUUCAUGUUUGUCUUCAGCUUCGUCAUUGUCAUGAGGCCUGCCAGCGCCACAGGAAUCGCUCUGAGCUUUGCUGAAUACGUCGUGGCUCCCUUCUACGUCGGUUGCACUGUCCCACAACCGGUUUUAAAAUUUGUGGCUGCAGGGGGGAUCUUGGUGCUGGGCGUAAUUAACUGUCUGAGCGUCCGCCUGGCCACCGCCAUCCAGGUGACGACCAUGGUCGUGAAAGUGCUGGCAUUGGCAGCGAUCGUUCUGGGAGGAAUCGUGAUGCUUUUCCAGGGCAACACUGUCAACUUUGAGGAUUCCUUUGAAGGAACUAAUGUUGGUGUCAGCUCCAUUGGGCUUGCUUUCUAUCAGGGCUUGUGGUCUUUUGAUGGCUGGAACACUUUGAAUUAUUUAACCGAGGAGCUGAAAAGUCCAGAAGUAAGACUGUCAGACUUGUUGAUAAACGUUCAAAUGGAAAAGAGAGUAGAAGUGAUUGCGUCUGAAUCACAACACUUCCACUGUCAGAUCCAAUAA